UUCACUGUCAUCAGCAAAAAGUCUGCAAAUAACUCAAAUAUAAUAUCAACUUAAUUCAAUAUUCCAUAUGUCUGUAACCUGAAUAUAAGAUAAAAUAAUCAAGAUAGUGAUUUAAUCGUUUAAUAAAAUUGUUGAUUGAAGUUUCUGCGUUGACUUUCUAGUUUGUUAUCGCGCUUAAUAGGAGUAAUUAAUUCGUCAAACUGCAAUGUCGUAUCAAUUGUACAGAAACACAACGCUUGGAAAUACUCUACAGGAAACGUUGGAUGAGUUGAUUCAGUAUGGACAAAUCACUCCAGCACUGGCGGUACGGGUGUUGGUGCAAUUCGAUAAAUCCAUUAACGCCGCGCUAUCAAAUCGUGUCAAAUCUCGUGUAACCUUCAAAGCGGCGAAACUUAACACUUACCGAUUUUGCGAUAAUGUUUGGACGCUUAUGUUAAAUGAUGUCGAAUUUCGAGAAGUGCACGAAUUCGCAAAAGUGGAUAAGGUGAAAAUUGUGGCUUGUGAUGGCAAAAAUGCUAACAUAAAUGACGAUAUCGGAAGAACCGAUCGAUAGUAAUAGGACUUUUUUAUUGUAUUAUCCAACAGCACAACUGACAUCCAGUAUCGAAAUAAUCGUGAAAUUUAUUAAAAAAAAUAUAAAUAAAGGUGUUCAUUGAAAAUUCAA